ACCCACCAUUCUUUCCCUGGCUACCAGAAAAGAACAACACGCAAAUAUUCGCUCCUUCAAAAUACUUUUAAUUUCACGAGAUACUCUAUUCAAGACGAUGAUAAACCAUUCCGAUAUCCACGAGAACCGAGGUUUGUCGUCUCUGAGGAACGCAAGUCACGUUCAGGGCCGAAAAUGUGGACGAAGCAUGCCCGAGGGUCCAGGUCUUCUUACAGCUGCCUUCCCUGAAAUCUUGACCGGGGGAAAUGUCCGAAGGUUGACCAGCGCUAACACUCCCGACUCUCUGGACAGACUUGAGAUCACAGCUCCUUACUCUCAACGAUUCGAUCUUCAAUUUGGUAUCAAGAGGCAACCAAGAGGCAAAGCUGGUAACUUUCCUCCUGGGUAUAAUGGCGCCAUGACUUUGGCGGGAAAACGAAGAAGUGCCGAAAUGGCUGUUAAAUUGAACCUUCACACGAGAGAGUUCCCUCCUAGGCAAUCGUCCAAAAGUGAAAGUGGCGAUAAAUCCAAACCACAGGAAACGACAGUUACUGGAGAAGAGGAAAAAGUCGACCGCAAGGUCAAAAAGGGUCGUCGAGCCAAGAAAAAGGCCAAGACUGAUGUAAAUUCUGAGAAAACAGAAAUUUCCGUUUUCCUAGAGAAUCGCGAGACCUUGACUCCCGGACUGUAUGCUAAAGGGAAGCCCGCACCGGCUUUACCUCGAAUAAGCAGACAACAUGAGAAGAGACCGGAAGUGAUUAAUGAUGCUCAGAAGCAGAUCGAAGAAAAUAAGACAAGAAAAACCACUACAGCAUCAAACCUUCCUCCUGUUGCUACAACUCGUGACGCGGGCAUUAACCAGCUUCUAGCUGAGAUUGAUCAGAAGAAUGCAGAAUACGAGGCUUAUAGAAAAAAUGAUGUCUUCUUCAACCGAUUCAGUAGUGAUGUUGUGGACUCAAAAUUCUCUGAUGAAGAAAUCUUAGGCGAGCAGAAGAACGGCGUCUUACCACCAAUUAACGGGAACGCGGUGUCCUUCGGGAAAAGGAAAACAAAGAAGUAUGACAGGAUCGUAAGCCAAACAAAUUGGAACAAUAUUGAGAGAAAGGACAUUCUAAAAGAUAGGAAUGCAAUGAAACUUCCUCCGAUCAGCUCAACAAAUACUGAAAAUAUGUCUCGGAAUGACAAGAAGGCAAUACCGCCAAAACAAGAAAUGACAGAGAAAUUCUUAACAAACACAAAUGACUAUUGGCGUAAUGCGGUAGCACCGAAACCUGCUGUUUCAGAACUUCCUCCGAUAAGUGUGGCUGGGAUGUCCGUAGAUAAGAAGAGAAACGUCACAAAAGGAUAUCUGGACAGCACUAACCGCUCAGAGCAAUUUACACAGGACAAGCUGGGCCAUAAAAUGAACAAGAUAACGUUGCCGUCUUUGACGAACAAAUGCAACAAGCGGACCCCUCGGAUAGGGAAUAUUUCCGAGGUAGGACAGCCUCUUCGUCACAUCUCCCGGCACGAACCCACACUUCACCCUGUACUUAACGUUAUACUUCCGCCCAUCACAGGACUUCCGGUUCCAACAACAACGGACAUGAAGAAAUACAAGGGGACGCGUUUCGCUUAAGGAAUGGUCAGGGAACCGAGGUAUAAGACUGUUCAGCUUUAGAUUGGACGAGGAGGUUAGAUUAGUAAUGGUCAAUUCUUUAUGACCUGUACUGUUGUUUUAAAAUUUGAUUCACCCUGAACGCGGCUUGAAUUCAGGUAAAUUAUGAACUAUAAUAUUAAAGAUGCUGGUAACUGAUGAAUACGCAUGCAGGGAAAAUCAGCAGGAACUCCUAGAAUGUUUCACGACUGACGGCUCUUAGAGUCUUUUGGAUGAAAACUAUUUCUCAUAUCGAAGAGACUCGGUAAAGGCCGUGCUGAUUCAAGUCAUUGAACUCCCCUCAAACUGACCAUGUUGAGGGAAAUCUCUCAAACAGUCCAUGCCGAUUCGGAUCGAAGCACGUUUGUCAAACUGGCAAGGCCGAUUCUAAGCUAGGUACUAAAGUCAAAACUGACCAUGACGAUUCGGAGCUGUGCACUGUCACAGACUGGCCAUUCCAGUUCGGGGCUAUGAACUUCUGCCAGAUUAUCCGUUUGAAUUUGGAGCUUAGACAGUACUUCUGUCAAACUGGCCCUCUAAAUUUGGAGCUUGUACCUACCACAAAAUGACCAUGCCGAGACAGAGAAAGACACUCUAGCAAGUUUGCGUGCCGAAUUGGAACUAGGUACUUGGAAGUGCCGUUGCACUGAUAAUCUGACUGAACCGACUCGAAGAAAGGCACUUCUGUCAAACUGACCGUGUCGGUUCGGAGCUACAAUGUAUGUGCCCCAUGAGACUAUAGGCGUUCCUAUGUAUCGAACUGUGUUGAUUCAAGUUAUUUACCAUUUAAAGGAUUGACAUGAUUUUGUUGCAAGAGUUUUUUAAAUAGUAA